GACAGCUUGUCAUCGCUGGCCAGCUGUUGUAGGGGAAAGAAAGAGCGCAUAGCGGAUUGAGAAUAAAGCGACAUUAAUUAAUAUAUAUUUUAUACUACUUGAAAUCAGAAUCGGCCAAAAAGAAAUCCGCAGAACAGAAGAAGAUGUCGAAGUUUCUGGGCGUGCCGCUAAAGAAGCCGUCGGAAGUCGACGUAGUCAAGCCGCUGAACAAUCUCAUUCAGAGCACCUACAACGGUGCGACGGAGGAAGAGAAAAGCAAGUACUCAGAGGCCGUAAACGAAUUUUCGAAACAACGCAAUACAGCGAUUUGGAAAUUCUUCGAGAAGUACGAGGCUUCGCUGGACAUUGUAUAUGCCUAUUAUGACCAGAUCUGUGCAUUGGAAACAAAGAUAUCAGUUAGCGAACUGCAGAUACCCUUCAAGUGGAAGGAUGCCUUCGAUAAGGGAUCCAUUUUUGGCGGCAAGAUCAGCCUAACCCACACCUCCCUGCUCUACGAGAAGGUAUGUGUUCUCUUCAACAUCGCCGCCCUGCAGAGCAGCAUCGCUGCCAAUCAGCCGCUGGAUUCUGAUGAGGGUCUUAAACUAGCCAUUAAGUUGCUCCAGCAGAGCGCUGGCAUCUUUCAGUACUUGAAAGGCGCCACGCCUGCGGCGGUGCCCUCGGAGCCCACGCCCGAUCUCAGCCAGGAUACGCUGACUGUGUUGCAGGCUCUGAUGGUCGCCCAGGCCCAGGAGGUGUUCAUUCUGAAGGCCAUUAAAGAUAAUAUGAAGGACCAAAUCAUCGCUAAGUUGUGUUGCCAGGCGGAAGAGUUCUACGCCGAUGUGCUGCGUGCCAUGCAAAAAGAGUCUGUGCGCAGUCUGUGGGAAAAGGAAUGGAUACCCACGAUUGCCGGGAAGCAGGCUGGGUUCCAUGCCCUCACUCAGUUGUACCAGAGUCUGGUGUGCCGUGCUUCGAAGAAAAUUGGUGAGGAGAUCGCCCGUUUGCGCAAUGCCAUUGAUCUUUUCAAGGCGGCGCAGUCACGUGGCGGAAAUGAGACCUACUUGGAUGAAUACUUUAGCCGGGCCAAGCGCAACCUGGCAGAGUCAACCAAGGAUAAUGAGUUCAUUUACAACGAAAUUAUACCCGAUUUGAGCUCCUUGGCCUCUCCUGGAAAGGCCCAGUUGGCCAAGCCAUUGCCGAUCGGUGUGCCCAUGACUUCGAAUUUCAAGGACAUCUUCACCAGCUUGGUUCCUGUCGAGUUACAUCGGGCUCUCACCGCCUCUGAUAUGCGCCGCAAUGAAAUCGUCAACGUGGAGAUAAUGAAGCUUCGUGAAUCCACCCAGACUUUAAAUGCUGUCCUCGCUAGCUUGAAUCUUCCAGCUGCAGUGGAGACGGCUGAUGGCAAUAGUGGGCUUCCACCUUCUCUAAAGGAUAAAGCCGUUGAGGUUCGUCAAAAGGGAGGCAUUGAAAAUGUGCAGACCCUGCUAAAGGAUCUUCCCGAGCUCCUAAACCGUAACCGCGAGAUCCUAGACGAAACCGAGCGCCUGUUAGACGAAGAACGCGACUCCGAUAACCAAUUGCGGGCGCAGUUCAAGGAGCGCUGGACUCGCAUCGGCUCCGAUAAACUGACAGAGAUGUUCCGCACCAAUGCGAAAAAGUAUCGCGAAGUCAUUACCAAUGCUAUUGAAGCCGACAAGGUGGUUCGCCAGAAGUUCGAAGCUAAUCAGAAGGGCAUUCAGCUGCUAUCCUUGCCACCCGAUCAAAUUCAGCAAUCUCUGCCAUCGGCCAGCGGCAGUGUGGAUCCAAACUGCUCCAGCGUUCAGCGUCUCAAGAAGCUGAUGGACGACGUAGAGACCAUUAAGGCGGAGCGUGAGGCCGUUGAAUCGGAGCUUAAAGGGGCCACGUUCGACAUGAAGGAUGAGUUUUUGAUUGCCCUUCAAAAGGACGGUGCCAUCGAUGAACCAGCUUUGUCAUUAGCUCGUAUUGGCCAAGUGCUCAAUCCCCUACAGCAGCAGGUGCGCGAAAGCGUAGACCGCCAAAAGACGUUAGUGGCCGACAUCCAGAGCGCUCACGGAGACUUCGUCUCCGAGACUGGAAGCUGUGGCAGUUCGCGGGACACAUUGUACCAGGAGCUUGCUACCGCCUACGAUAGCUACAUAGAGCUAUCCGGAAAUCUGCAGGAGGGUACUAAAUUCUACAAUGACCUCACACAGCUGCUGGUCGUGUUCCAAAACAAGAUCAGCGACUUUGUGUUCGCCCGAAAAACGGAGAAGGAGGAGUUGCUCAAGGAUCUGACCACGGAGUCAAGUCGUCAAGCCUGUCCGGCCACUCCGGCUCUGCCAUCCCAUUACGCCUCCACAUCGGGCAGUGGCAGCGAUAUUCCACCUGGUUCCGCACCCGGUGCGCCGCCUGUGGCAUCAACAGGUAACAUUCCAUAUCCGGCCCAAGUACAAGGUAUGCCCGUACCAUAUGGGGCACAGCCCGGUAUGCCUUAUCCCGCCUAUGUGCCCGCACCCAUGCCACAGAGCUUUAAUCCAUAUGCAACCUUGCCGUAUCCUGGCAACUAUCAGUACCAAGGAUUCCCACAGGGACCUCCACCCGGUCACUACGGAACCUAUCCCGGCAGCUAUGCCAACCAGCAGGGCGGCUAUCCCAAUCAAAAGCCACCGGGCUGGUAAACGGCCAUGCAGCUUAUCAAGUUCAUGACCACAUAUGCACAGCAUGUUCCACCCAAGGGUCAAUCGCAUGGUAGUCUCAGAUAUGAGUCUGGAUGGUGGAGAGGCAAGAUAGAUGGUAUUCGGCAUUUAAUGCUCCGUGUUCUGGUUCUGUUUGGAAAUUGUAUGAUACAUGUUGAUGGCUUAUUGGAUUUUAAUCUCAUAUAUGCAAAAAUAUUAUCACGCAUCACAGUAAACGUUCUUUCCCUAUA